GAAGGUUCUUUGUCCUUAGAGUUUAUGGUAUGACACUGUAGACUUCCAAAAUUAAUUGAUACAAUCCAUGAUGCAUGAUUAGGUUUAGAGCAUUAUUUAAAUCGUAAAAUCAAUGAUUUGCCUUGCAGCCUUGCUAUUGUUAGAGUUCGACAACCAUGCAAUAUCCACAGUUUACAAGUCAUAAACAGUAUUAGUAGUAAUAAUAAUAAUAGCUAAGAAAAAGAAAAAGUGCGAUUCUUCUGUAGCAUGGUCACAUUCAACUUUUACUUUUACCCUGUUAACAAUUUUGUGCAUUGUUAGCAGUUUACAUCCAAUGUUGUAAUUAGUGUCACAGUUUCAUGCAAAGUUAGUCAUGUAAUUACGUCUUAAAUAAAUGUUGUGAGCAGGGGAUUGUAAAACUAAUGAAAAUAACAAAUCUAACGAGACCCAGUGGACACUAUAAACACACACUUUGGAGUGAAUAAUAGAUGCUGCUUGGGGAUUCGUUUUCUUUCAGAAGUGUAGAAGUUAGUAGUGCUCCAUAACAAGCAUCCAAUCACAUCAUAGCUAUCAAUAGAUUCUCAAGAGGCACCAAAAACAAAUAGUGGGGCAUAUUUUUUUGCUAGGUUAUUGGUGAUGCAUGUCUUGGUGAUGAAAUGUCCAGAGGUUUGUAUAUUAAAAAAUCUCCUGAAGACAUCAUAAAACAUAUUUGUACUUCAAGGCAAUAACCUCUAAAUUGUCUUAGCAACAAAUCAUUAGUCAAUUUAUUUUUAAGAAUAAAGAAAAAAUACAUUUCCGAGACCUGUUGUACAACCAUUUGUUUACUUUUGCUGCAGUAAAAUGUUUAAAGAAAAGCUACAAACGGGUAAACUCAUAUCUACAGUCUGCUAUCAUGAUCAUGAUUAUGAGUUAUUAAUUGCCUAUAUUUCUCUCAGUGUUAUUGACCUCAAUCGUUCACUAUUUUCCUCCAAUUACCACAGUGAUCUACUGAUUUACUCAACUAUUACCUCAAUCAAAACCUCAGUCCCUUCGUCAUUCACUCACUAGUAAUUUUCCACUCAUUUAUCCCUGAGUCAAUAAUUCACUCAUUCUCUUUAACAAACCCCUGUUCAUCACAUAUUUUUUGACUGGUUCAUUUGCUCAUACCCUUUUUUUUAUCAUUCACAUGCCAGUAUCACUAUAACAAUUUCUCCCUCAAUCACUCAAGAACAAGAACAAGAACAAAAGAAGACAAGAACAAGUUAUUAGCAAAUAACCUGGCAAAUAAAGGGCCGUUUAGACUGAACUGAAUGAGCUUUUAUUGCAACCAUUAUAUCUUCCCAUACACUCACAAAUAGACUUCAAUUAAGCCAUUCUUUGUUACCUGCACAGACGUGAGCAGCCAUUUAAAAAUGACUCAAACACCUGUGUCAUCGAUGUGUUAUAAAGGCCAACUAUUGGGCAGCUGCUGGGGACAAGAAGGCUCUAAAGAGUGCUUAGAAAAUCCAACCCCCACCCACUGUUCCCUUGCUUGCUUGGUGAGUCAGUAAAUUAGGGAGUGGGUGAGGGAGGGCGGUUGUCACUGAUGCUAUUGGGGAUCAGUAGCGUGGUGGGUGCUCCUUUCCCUGCCCAGUGCUCUGCUCAUUAUCCCUCCAUCCCGCUGCUCACUCACUACCUAUGAAUAGUCAAUAACCAACAAGCAAGCAGGAAAUGAGGGAGCAGAUGAAGGCAACCCUCUGACUGAUGUCAGCUAUGUUUGUGGAGAGCUUCUUUAUUCAGACACCUCCUCGAUGCUUUAAGCCGGCUUUGUUUACCAACCUCUAUGUGUGAUGAAGCGUCUCAGAUCGUUGUGAGCGAUGCUGCCUCUGAGCCGUGACUCAGAGUGAGACACUUCCUUAUUAUCCCAGCAGUCCUUGACGAGUACAUUAGAAAGUCCUGGGAGGAUGUUCUUGUGGGCUGGAACCAAAGGACCUCAUGGAUCAGGAAAUGAAAGAAGGACCAUUUAUCAGAAGAUCAGAGAAUAUGACAUUCUGGACAAGAGGAAGACUGUGACAGCACUGAAAGCUGGAGAGGACAGAGCAAUUCUCCUUGGUCUUUGCAUGAUCUUCUUUUCUGUCAUGAUGUACUUUGUCCUGGGAAUUACAAUGGUGCGGUCCUAUUCAGACAGCGUCUGGACAGAGGAAUCAAGCUGUGUUGUGUUAAAUUCAACUAUUAUUGGGGAGAAUAACUGUAGCUACAGCUGUGGUGCUGAGUGCUGGAAGAGUUCCCGAUACCCGUGCCUGCAGGUGUACGUCAGCCUGAACUCAUCAGGCCGAAUACUAAAGCUGUCCUACAAUGAGGAAGCCCAUGAGGCUAAUUCUGAGUGUUUCUAUGUUCCCAAGUGCCGUAAAGAUUACUCAACAACUCAUGCCUUGAUCGUCAAUAUCUCAGAGCGCCUGAAGUUACAGCACCAGGUCCGUUGUUACACAGACCCAGCAGAGCAGCAGGACAGCGCCAUCCUGAUGCGCCUCUAUGGUCGUGCCGCCAUUCUCUCCUCGCUGCUGUGGCCCACAUGCAUGUUUGUGAUUGGUGUGCUCAUCAUUGCCAUGGUCAAACUCACCCAAUACCUUUCCAUCCUCUGUGAGCGGAUAAGCCGCAUUAAGAGGACUGAUCUUACUCCACUUGCAUCUGCCACGCCCUCCAGGGAGGGCAGCAAAAACUGCAGUAGAGCCAUGCUGGAUGGGAUUUGAAAAGGUCCAAUGGUGAAAAGGUCAAAAGUGGAACGAUGGACAGAUUCUUUGGCUGAACCUUGUUUUCUUCACCUCUAAAAAACAGCGCAAUUAUUUAAGGAAAAGAGAGACCAAGACCAAAGUUGUGCAAUGUGCCUCUGCCCUCCUGUCAAAUUUGCUUAGCAAUUCAUGUUGUGUUGACAAGGACAGACAUUUGUCAAGCCUUCAGAGACUGAAAUUUGUGGUUGGAAUAAUAAAGCGCAGGUUGGUGCAUUCAUUCCAGAAUAAAACUUCUGUUACUAGCAGAGCCUACAGUAAGCUUUUUCAUGCCGAGACCACGAGUUAGUCAUUCAUGGCUUCCCUUAAAAACUACAUUACAUAAUAACUAUACAUAAGAAUAAAUCUGUUACCAAGCAAUAAUCUUGCUUAAUGUGCAGCGUGCGCUUAGUUACAGUUUCAUGUUUUGUUCAGAUAUGAUGUAUGUUUAUUAAUUUUCACAUGAAAGCCAAAUCUACAGCGCUGAUUAUUUACAGAAAAUCAAUAGUUUAAAUUACUAAAGCCUUGAUAAGGCCUGGUGGAGUCAUACUUUGUCCUUGAUGACCAUUUUCAAAUGUAAUUAAUUAUUUAAUAGGCUCUAUAGUUUCCUAUUGGGAAACCAAUAUAUGUAACACAGAUCAAUACUGUUUUGUCAAUGAAAACCAAGGAACUUCAUUAACCUGAUUUUAGUCUCUAAAUGCAUUACAGAUAUGUUCAAAACUAGGUUUUACUUGUUGCAAUAAAAGUGCCUGAGCUUAUUUGAAAAUGUGUCUUAACGUCACUGAACCUGUACAUUUCAUUUUGUUAUUUUGAGGGUUUUUCAAACAGACACAACUUGUUGGAUUUACUCCUAUAGUUUAAGUGGUGUGUAAAUGACAUAUUUAUAGCAUUAAAUUAUUUUAAAGAAAACCUUUUGGUCC